UUUCGAGCUGCCCGCGAACAUGCACACACCCGUUCGGGAUCACGCCGAUCAACCGCGAAAUUCAAACUACAAGAAGGACAUCGUUUACGUGACGAAACAUCUGAAAUGGAUUCUGAAUUGCAUCGGGAUCUGGCCAGCCAUGUUAAAGGGCAUCGGCAAAUUUUUGCCAAAAAUCGCGAUCGUACUGUGUAACUUAGUGUUGUUCUUCAUCGAAGUGCAGUGCGUGCUACACAUUAUACUGGAACAGAAAGAUCCUCUGUUGAGACUGAGGCUCUUAGGUUUAGCUUGCUAUUCAUUAAUCUGUCUAAUGAAGUAUUGGGCACUGACGGUGCGCAAAUCGAAAAUCAAGUAUUGUAUCGAACAGCUGCAUACAGAUUGGAAGGAGGUGGAACAUCAAAGAGAUCGCACGUUGAUGCUGAAAUACGGGAAGAUCGGACGAGAUCUGACAAUUUACAGCGCCGUGUUCAUGUACAGCGGCAAUAUGUGCUACAUCACAAUUUUACAAUACGCGAUAGGAUCGCACGUUGACGAAAAUAAUCGUACGAUCCGAAUGCUAGUGUACCCUACGUACAGCGGUUUCUUCGAUGUCCAAAGAAGCCCCGUCUACGAAUUUGUAUAUGUUCUCCAAUGUUUAUGCACAUUUCUACUCAACGCUGUGACGUGCGGAUGUUGUGGAUUGGCCGCGCUUUUCGCGACACACGCCUGCGGACAAAUCGACGUUAUUAUGUCUCAGUUAGACGAUCUGGUUGAUGGGAAAUUUUCCGAGAAAAAGAAUAACUCGAACACUCGACUGACGAAAAUCGUGCAACAUCAUAUAAGAAUUAUAAAGUACAAACACGAAGGAAAGGAUAGACUGCAGAUAUAAAAACGACGUAAAAAAAAA